UAAUUAGCGACGGACACUCGAGUCGCUCGUAGAUAAGGGCCACACACACUCGAAACGGUAAUUGACAGCACACCACUUGGCCGAGCGGUCAGUGCGCGCAGUCAGCAAUCGGCAGUCAUUCGAAAUGCCUCCACCAGGACGAGGCUACGGCGGACCCCCACGACAAGGACCUGGACCCUGCUACGGACCGCCCCGCGGCGGUGGCGUCAAUGUGGGCAUCAACAUCGGCGGACCGCCGCGUCCGCCACCCAUCGGUGUGGGCAUCGGCUUCUGUCCACCGCCAGUGAUUAUUGGUGCACCGCCGCCACCUGCUGUGAUCAUCGGAGCUCCACCACCGCCACCCGUGUAUAUGCCACCGCCCCGACAGACCGUUGUGGUGGGCGCUCAGCCAGCGGUCUAUGCCCAACCCACUGGGGAGGUUGUCUGCUGUACGAUUCUCUGAU